AUGGUCAAGCUUACUGAGGUCGAAGACGAACACUUCACGACCGAGAAGCCCACGCCCUCCAAGAAUGACGCCCUCCUCGCCUCCGACGACGACGAUGACGAAUACACUGACACAGAUUCUGAAAUCUCCACCGAUUCGGGCAUUGAUAUCGAAAACGAGACUCUGUACGAGCGUAUCGCUGCAUUGAAAGACAUCAUCCCUCCGCAGACCCGGCGUCGGAUCACCACCACCGUCUCCUCCCUCACAUCUUUCACCAAAUCCAGUCUCCUGUUCAGCGGCAAGGCCUUAUGGGUUCUGAGCACGAGCGCCUUCUUGCUGGGUGUCCCUUGGGCGCUUGCUUACGCUGAGGAGGAACAAUAUAUUCAGAUGGAGCGGGAACAGGGCAUGAUCAAAGGAGCUAACGAGAAAAUGGAGCAAGAUGCUGACCUGAAAUUUAUUUCAGAUGCUCACUCCUGGGGCAAACCUGCCAGAGAAGAAGCCUGGUCAGCCAGCUCUGUAAAGACUUACUCACGGCAAGAACGAAAGGAUGCAAUGACGGAGUAUUUGCAAGUCGUCUCGCUUGAUACUUUCCCCCUGUCGUCCAACGCAGUUCAUGCAUGUCCGAGACUCUUGCAGAUCCAGGACAGCAGACUUAUUUGGGAUUGA